ACAAUUAAAAAAUUAUCUAAUUUUCAAAAUUUUCGUAAAUAAAAAACUAAAAAAAUUUAUUAAGCUACCCUGAACAUUGCUAAAACCGCUUUCUUAGCAGCAAUUUAUUAAUUCAACUAACGAAAUAAAUUUAAAUUAUUUUCAUUUAUUUUAAAAAUUAACUGCAUUUAUAUCACGCUUGUUUCGUUCAUGCACAAGUCGAAGAAGAAGAAAUCGAAAACACUGAUAAUAAUAGAAAAGUUAAAAGUACGGUAGAAUAAGGUGUCGGCGAGCACCAUUCGGUUAUGCCCACACCAGCGCAAGAAACUCACAUACAAUGUUCGUCAAGCAAUAUCGGAGUGAAACCGACAUUUGACGCACUUCGCAGCAAUACGAGCAGUGAUAUUAGUGGCACUGAAUAUAAAAUCAUUGCCCAAGGCGUAUUGCGUCAACACGGCGGUGCCGGUAGAGAUGAUGAGCGAUCUCAAGCCUCAACCUCAGUGCAUCAUGUGGAAUCUUCUACAACUAUAGCCACAGCCGAUGCCAAGUCCUACAUAAAUGGCAGACCAAAAACAAUAUUGGAAGAUCAUGGCAUUGUUUUGGGUAAAGUGAUCGGAACGGGUAAUUAUGCUAAAGUGAAAAUCGGCUAUUCGGAGGAGUAUGGAAAACGUGUCGCGGUUAAAAUAAUAUCAAAAGUAAAAGCGCCAGCCGAGUAUACGACAAAAUUUUUACCACGCGAAAUUGAAGCUGUUAAAGGACUGCAUCAUGAGAAUCUGAUAACCUUCUAUCAAAGCAUUGAGACUAGCCAUAGAGUUUACUUAAUCAUGCAAUUGGCAGAGAAUGGCACACUGCUCGAUUAUGUGCGCGAAAAGAAAUAUCUAGAAGAAUCUCAUGGCCGUAAUCUAUUCCGUCAGUUAAUGAGCGCAGUUGAAUACAUUCAUUCCAAAAAUGUAGUGCAUCGCGAUAUUAAGUGCGAAAAUCUUCUGCUGGACGAAACAUUCACCCUAAAAUUAAUAGAUUUUGGAUUUGCGCGCAAAGAUACACGCACCACGGAUCAACAGGUGAUACUCUCGAAAACAUUUUGCGGUAGUUAUGCCUAUGCAAGUCCAGAAAUUCUGAAAGCUUUUUUCCCACCUACAGGUAUUGCGUACGAUCCCUUCAUGUCGGAUAUCUGGGCAUGCGGCGUGGUAUGUUAUGCCAUGGUUUUUGGUCGCUUACCAUAUGAUGGCUCCAAUGUGCAUAUAUUACUUAAACGCAUCAACGCUGCACUUGCUUUUCCGAAAAGUCCUACGGUCAGUCCCGAAUGUAAACAGUUAAUUGGUCACAUAUUGGCACCGCUAAAAGUUCGAUAUAAUACACCGCAAAUUAAGGAGGAUCCUUGGUUUAAUAAAAAAUAGGAUUGGGGUAUAAAUAUUUGCAUUAUCAAGUAAAAUCUUAGCAUUUCUAAGCACAAUUUAAAAAUUAGACGAGAAAUUGUAGUUUGGUAUGAAAUUAGUAUAUAUACGUUGAUUAUCUAAAGAAAAGUAUUAAUAAAAUAUAACGAAACAAUUAAAA